AGUGGUAUGCGCCUAGCGAGACUGGAAGUUCCUGGAGCAGUGGUCAUCGGAGAGGAUGUUUGGCUCAAGUGCGAUUUUGACCUAGAAGGAGAUGAACUAUACUCUGUCAAAUGGUACAAGAACAAUGUGGAGUUCUACCGGUAUCAGCCUAGGGAUAGACUUCACGGGCAGAUGUAUGACCUUUUAGGAGUGUAUGUCGAACUGUCCAAGUCCAAUGCCAGUCACGUUUAUUUAAAGCGCAGUGAUCUCAAUACAGAAGGGACCUACGGCUGUGAAGUAUCAUCCGAAGCUCCACAUUUCAAAACUGUCAAGGCGGAGGAUGAACUAAGAGUCUACGUUUUGCCGAAGGAGCCUCCUGUGAUAGAAGGUGCAGAUUCAAUGUAUGAAGUAGGAGAUAAAGUCAAUGUCACUUGCAGCUCUGGCCCUUCCAAACCUGCGGCGACGCUAAGUUGGUUUAUCAAUGGAGUUCAGGUAAUUCUUCUCUUGCAUUUGAGACACCAGAUUAUUAAAAAUUAA